AUGGCGGACCUGACGUACACUGUCUUGGGCCUCGCGUCGCUCGUGCUGUCCAACCUCUCGACCGCGCUCGUGACGGUCAAACUGUACCGCGCGUGGGACUACCGCGUCUCGUGCGUCCGCUGGCUGUUCCUCACGUUCUUCGCGUACCUGUGGCUCUCCACUGUCGCGCGUGGCGGCGUCUACGUCUGGACGCUUGUCCCCCUGCUGUCGCGUCCCGACGUGGCGGCCGCCCCGCUUCCGUCCUCGGCGCUCGACGCCACGUCGGACAUGCGCGCGCCCCGACCGGCGCUGCCCACGCUCGUCCUGAGCCUCUGCGACGUGCUGCACUUUGCCGCGGCGCUCUGGGCGCUGCCGCUCACCUACGAGCUGUCCAAGAUCGCGGCCAAGUCCAUGGACCGCGGCACGAGCAAAGAACAGGCCAAGAUCCGCAUGUACCUCGUCGUCGGCCACGCGGCGAUCGCAGCCUUUGCGGCUGCCGAAGCCGUCCUGAGCGUCCUCGGCGGCGGCUACUCGCGCCGCACGUACCGCCUCGCGCUCGGCGUGUACGCGCUACAGCUCGCGACGCUCGUGUACAUGGGCGUCGCGCUCUUCGCGCUCAAGCGCCGCGGCCGCGACGUCGAGUCCAUCAACGGCCGCUUCGAGGCGUCGCCCGUGUACCAGCGGCUCCAGCGCAUGCUCUGCGCCUACGCGCUCUGCGCGCUGCAGUACGAGUGCGCGUCGCUCGUCAUGGCCGUCACGACAGACGCGCGUCGGUCCGCCUGGACACUGCACUACCUCGAGCUGAGCCACGUGCUGUACAACGCCACGGGCUGCGCGCUCGCGCUCGCCACGGGCUGCAGUCUGCCGUGCACGCUGCGCGUCUGCGGCUGCUGCUGCCCCGACGAGCUGCUCGUGCAGCUCGUGGUCGAGGCCAACCGGCCGCACGUGCGCGGCGCGCACAAGCGCAGCAAAGUCGUGGCCGCGCCCGUGUGUAACCCCGUGUUUGUCGUCACGGACAUUGAGUCGUCCAGCGCCUUGUGGGCCAUUGGCGACGCCAAAGUCAUGCAGCGCGCGAUCCAAGUGCACGACGACACGCUGCGGGCGCUGCUGGCGCUGUACCGCGGCUACGAGAUCACGACGGCCGGCGACUCGUUCCAGUUGGCGUUCCACACGAUCCGCGAGGCCGUGGCCUACUGCCUCGACGUGCAGCUCCAGUUGCUCGCUGCGCCGUGGCCCAAGGACCUCCACGGCCUCGUGGCCGCGACCAAGAAACUCCGCGUCGGCCACCGCGUCGUCUUCCGCGGACUGCGCGUGCGCAUGGGCGUCCACGACGCCAUGGGGUCGGACGGCCACCUCCACCAGAGUCCGCACGCUGUGACCGGGAAGACGGUCUACACGGGCGCAGCCGAAGUGCUCGCGGCCGAAGUGAGCGACGUGGGCGCCGGCGGGCAGAUCGUCAUCACGCGGCGCAUUGCCGAGUGGCUCAUGGCCAACAGAGACGCACUGCCGCGCGACUUUCGCGUCACGUACUUGUGCGACUAUUUGGUGCCGCACGUCAACAUGCACGUGGCCGUGUACGAAGUGCUGCCGGACGCCCUGUCGCAGCGCCAGCGGAUCUUUGCCAAGGACCAGCACAAGCGCAUCCCGCAGGGGGCGACCGACCGGUCCACGUCGGGCUCGAGCGGCCGCCAAAGCAGCUUAGGAACGCCCAUCGGGUCGCCCACGUCGUGGUUCUUCCCGCCCGACACGCCCGAACGAGGACCGCGUGCGGUCCGACAGUAG